UUAUAUUGCGCGUAUAUACAAAGAGAGAGACAGAGAGAGAAAAUAGACUUAUAUAGACGGCCAUGGUUUACGUCAGAUUCCAACAUCUUCCUCCUCGACUUUGGCCGGACUUUUCUUUCUAUUUAUGAUGAUUGCCUUUUGAUACUGAGAGCAAUCGAAUCCAAUAUCCAAACCCCAGUUUUGUCACAGCCUAGCCUAGGCUUCCUUCUUUUCAGGUUUGAUUCUCUUACAUGUAGCUUAGUAGUAUCGUGUGGCUUAAGUCAUUGGAAGUCUUUCAAAGGUAUCACCAGUUGAACCUUGUACUUUUCAACUUAGUAUUGCUAUAUUUAGGUGUUUUGUGAUAUGGGUUUGUUUCAUUUCCGGUUUUGGUGAGUUGGGGUUUUAGUCAAUUUAGUUUGAUUUUGAGAAAUUUGGCUUCUUUCAGUUCUUGGGGUUGGGAUUUGGUGAACUGAGUAGUGAAGGCUUUGAUUGAGUGUUGAGGGGUAGUGCCAAAAAUUGAGCUUACAUUUAUAGAGCACUUGGAAAGUAAUUGAACUUGAAUCUACAUGGAUAAAGCACUUUGAAGACAUUAACUUGUUUGUGAGUUCCUUUUAUAUCGGUUUCAACUAUAUUGCUAUUUGGUUCAACUCCCUGUGAGGUGUUUUUCUCCUUUGUCAAUUUGACGCACUGGGUAUUGGAGCAUUGUGCUUUUUCUUGAAUUAGAUUAUGUGGUUCUCGCUAAUUUGUAAGAUCGACUUUCAUGAUGAUAGUCCGAAAUAUUUGAGCAAUUGAAUUCUUAAACUCGAAAGAUUAGAGUAGAGGGCUUUGCAUUUCCAGCCCUCUUCCUAUCCGGUUCAACUACAAUAAGGCUUUGGUUCAUUUGAUUUGAAGCAUACUGGCUGAGUAUUUUAAGGUUCUGUUUGUGCAUCUCCUUUUCUGGCUUUGCUUGGUGGUGAUUAGCAGAAUAUAGAGAUGCUUGCAUUAUCAUUUAGCUCUCAAACAUGGAAAUUAAGUUCAUUCUUUUGUUGAGAAUGGAUAUCAUUGUGUUAAGUCUGUUGCUGUUGGUGCAACUGCCAAGAAUCUUUGCCUCUGAAUUUGUCCAGUCAAAGGUUUGUGGUACUGAUAGCAUAACAUAUUCAAAUUCUAAUGGUCAUGAACUGUUUUACAUUAAUGGGGAUGCGGUCAACGAAGAUCUGUUCUGUGAAGCCCUCCAAUUUUAUCAUGCAAGUGGUUGCAUAUUCGACGGGUACCUUGGAAGUAAUCACUGUGAAGUGGACCUUUCAUUAGAUGGUUUGGUCUUUAAGGCAGGAAGAAAACUUUUUCAAAGAAAUUUAAAAGAGAAGUCGAAAUCCCAUGACCAGCAUCAUAUGUCAACCCCAAAAGUAGCUGGCAUGGCAACAACUGGAGCUUUGGUUUUGUGUUGUGUUUUCCUCUGUGCCUGCUUUCAGAGGAGAAAGAAACCAACUUCCCACGCUGUUCUUUCUAAGGAUCCACACUCAAUAGAUUCAGCUUCUUCUUGUGAUGCGAAUCCGGCUCCUGAAAAGAUUCCAGCCAGUCCACAUCGGAUGCCAAUACCACCUAGUCCUUCUAGAUUCUCAAUUUCACCUAAACUCAAAGGAAUUGGAUCAUUACAACUCACUUUGAGCCAGCUUUCGAAAGCAACCAGCAAUUUCUCACCAUCACUACGAAUAGGUGAAGGAGGCUUUGGAACUGUCUACAAGGCACAGCUAGAAAACGGCAACAUGGUUGCGAUAAAGCGAGCGAAGAAGGAACUCUUUGAGAAUCUGCAGACUGAAUUCUCUAGUGAAGUUGAACUUCUGGCCAAAAUUGAUCACCGGAAUCUAGUGAAAUUGCUAGGUUAUAUUGAUCAAGGAAAUGAACGCCUUAUCAUCAUAGAGUAUGUGCCAAAUGGUACUUUGAGAGAACAUUUAGAUGGUCAACGUGGAAGAAUCCUGGAUUUCAAUCAGCGACUUGAAAUUGCCAUUGAUGUUGCUCAUGGCCUAACUUAUCUCCAUCUAUAUGCAGAGAAGCAAAUCAUCCAUCGAGAUGUGAAGUCAUCCAACAUUCUUCUGACAGAGAGCAUGAGAGCCAAGGUGGCCGAUUUCGGAUUUGCAAGGCUUGGUCCAUUAGAUACUGAUCAAACACACAUUUCUACCAAAGUGAAAGGGACAGUGGGUUACCUAGACCCUGAAUACAUGAAGACCUAUCAACUCACCCCCAAGAGUGAUGUUUACUCAUUUGGGAUUUUACUUAUAGAGAUUCUGUCAGGCCGUCGUCCUGUGGAGUUGAAGAGACCUCCUGAACAGCGGGUGACACUUCGAUGGGCCUUCAAGAAGUACGAUGAAGGAAGUGUGGGGGAAUUGGUGGAUCCUUUGAUGGAGGAAGUAGUGGAUGCAGAAGUACUUAUGAAAAUGUUUUCUUUGGCAUUCCUGUGUGCAGCACCUGUUCGAGUUGAUCGGCCAGACAUGAAAUCAGUGGGAGAACAGCUGUGGUCAAUAAGGGCAGACUACCUCAAGAGUGCAAAGAAAGUGCCUUGAUUGAUAUCCGAUAGUUUUCUUUUAUAAAUCAAAUUGUGUUUGAUAGUUGUCUUUUUAUAAAUCAAAUUGUGUUUGAUAGUUGUCUUUUAUAAAUCAAAUUGUGUUUUCUUCAGCUGCAGAAGCGAAAAUUUCAUUUUGACAUUGCCUUUUCUUUCUCUUGUUUAUUUUUCUUCAUUCUUGAAUGUGUUCAGUUGUGUACUAUUUUUCAACUUUAUUAUUGCAAAUGAAUGCCUUACUGUGACAAGUAUCAACAGGUGGUGAGUGAGACAUCUACAUCUUGAACUUUGCUAUCAAAAGAAUCAGUUAUUGUUCUCCUGUA